CCAUGGCGUCUUUGAACAUUCGGCAACUGGUGUUGGCUCUGCUGACGACGAAUUGGUUGCUCGUGGUCAGCACACCAACUGGUGAAAUAGACGAAGGUGAGCAACUUUCCUCAGACAGCACAGUAGAAACAGUUAACCGAUUACGUCGACUGCAGCAAAACAAAAAUAUUGCCAAAAAUGUGAUUCUGUUCCUUGGCGAUGGGAUGUCUAUUUCGACCGUCGCUAUGACCCGGGUGUACGCUGGUGGAGUGGAAAAGAAGUUGGCAUUCGAACAGUUUCCGUACAUUGGAAUGUCGAAGACCUACAACGUUGACUAUCAGGUCCCAGAUUCGGCCGGUACGGUAACCGCUUACCUAACGGGAGUCAAGGGUAACUAUGGCACGAUCGGUGUUAACGCGCAGGUUCAGGCCUAUGAUUGUAUGGCGGAGCUGGACAAUCAAACACACACUCAUUCGAUCGCUAAAUGGGCGAUGGACGCUGGCAAGGAUGCAGGAUUGGUGACAACUACACGGGUAACGCACGCUUCACCGGCUGGUGUUUAUGCGCACACAUCUAAUCGCGAUAGGGAGAACGAUAAUGAGGUGUCGAAGGAUGGUUGCGAUACGGAAAUCGUGCAAGAUAUUGCUCAUCAACUCGUCCAUGGGGACACGGGUAAACGAUUGAAGGUUAUAAUGGGUGGAGGACGGCGGGAGUUUUUGCAUAAAGAUUUGGAUCCGGAAACAGAAAAGACAGGAAAGCGAAAGGAUAAACGGAACUUAAUUGAGGAAUGGUUGAAUCUCGCUGAUGAGGGUGAGAACCGGACCUACGUGUGGAAUCGGGAUGAUCUGAUGGCUGUUGAUGUGAACGCUACCGAUCGACUACUGGCUUUGUUUGAACCAGGACAUUGCGUGUACAACUUAAAUCGAAUAAGGGAUAAUCUGGAACAGGAACCGACGCUCGCCGAAAUGGUUGACAAAGCAACCGAUAUCUUAAGCAAAAGUGAAAACGGAUUUUUCCUAUUCGUAGAAGGUGGCCGAAUCGAUCAAGCCCAUCACGAUACCUGGGCUAGGUUAGCUUUAGACGAAACGUUAGAGUUUUCGAAAGCCGUUCAAUUGGCUAGGGAGAAGUUCUCCGAAGAUGACACUCUUAUAGUGGUGACGUCUGAUCAUUCGCACGCUGUGACUUUUGCUGGUUUUCCGGACCGCACAAACGAUAUUUUCGGUAGCGCCGGAAUGGGUAACGAUCAGUUGCCCUACAUGACGAUUAGCUAUGGCAAUGGUCUUGGUUUCUACGAGCACGUUGAUGCUGGAGUUGAAGGCAGAGUGGAUAUCCGUAGUUUGGACACAACGGACAAUGAGUUUAGGUUCCCUACCACACUACCAGUGGAAUCGGAGACACACGGAGGAGAAGAUGUGGCGGUGUACGCUUCCGGACCGUGGUCUCAUCUGUUCACGGGCAGCUACGAGCAAAACACCAUUCCCCACAUGAUGGCCUAUGCGCUGUGCGUCGGUGACGGUUUGACUGCGUGCAAAUAG